UUCCAAAAAAAAAAGUCAUAUUAUGAUAAACAACGAUGAUGAUUCUUUGUUUAACAUAGAGAGAAAGAAAGAACACCUUCUAUGCAGCCUCGUCGUUAUCCCUCCAGCGUUCCAUUCCGAUCUGUAAUUCAUCAGAUCAGAACUCACAUCUCACUCACCAAGGUAGAUAAUUAUCUGAAUAACAAUGUCAAAUUCAGCGGUAGAGGAUGAUUUAAUGAUUCCUUCGAAACUGCGAAAAACGAAGAAAUUAAAGCAAGGAAAUGAAGAAGAUAAUCUGAGUGAUUUACCAGAUUGUGUUAUUCUUCAUAUAUUAUCGUUUUUAAAUGCGAAAGAAGCGGUAAGAACUUGCAUUUUAUCGAAUAGAUGGAAGAAUGUUUGGAAAUGUGUUCCUACUCUUGUAUUGCAUUCAUCUGAUUUUUCAACUUUCAAGAAUUUUACUAAAUUCGUGUCUAAGAUUUUGUCACAUCGUGAUGGAACAAUUGCGCUGCAAGAGCUUGAUUUUGAACGUGUAGGUAGUAUUGAGCCUCACCUUCUUAAGAGAAUUGUGAAUUAUGCUUUUUCUCAUAAUGUGCAAAGAUUGGGAAUUUCUGUUAAAGGGGAUAUUUGUCAUAUUCUGCCUUGUGUUUCUUCGUGUCGGACUUUAACGUCUCUUAAGCUUUCUGUUUCGCCCAAAGGGAGGCAUAAUUAUGGGAGAACGUUGUUUCCAAAAUCAUUGGAUUUGCCAGCGUUAACCAGUUUGCAUCUAGGGAAUUUCGUCUUUUGUGCUAGUGAUAAAGGCCGAACUGAGCCCUUUUCGGGUUUUAACAAGUUGAAUAGUUUGGUCAUUGACAAUUGUACGGUGAAGGAUGCGCAGAUUCUUUGCAUAUUAAGUGAGACACUUGUCAAUUUGACUAUGCGUAAUCAUUCUUCUGACGUUUACAAAAUCGAACUAUCCGCUCCAAGUCUUAGCACGUUUGCGUUUACCGGAACCCCUUAUCAGAAACUUUGUGGGAGCAAUCUUUCCUCGGUUAAACAGGUGAAUAUUGAUGCAGAAAUGUUGUCUAACUACACUGAGCCUCCUUUGGUUUUGCUUAGCUGGCUGUUAGAACUUGCUAAUAUCAAAUCAUUGACGGUCUCUGCGAGUACUCUUCAGGUUCUUUCAUUAAUUCCUGAUUUGUUGAAGGAUAAGCUCACUUCUUUGUGUAACUUGAAGUCACUUAGAGUACAGCUGAAACCACUUUCAUAUGGAUUAUCCAUGACACUGAGAACGGCCAAGUUACAGAAAGAAGUUAAAGCAGGGCAGGAACCAUCUUCACCCAUACCUGAUGGAAUAGUGGACUUUUUGAUUCAAAACUCACCGUCAGCAGAAGUUGACAUCAUAGAUAGCUCAAGGUUCGGCGGCACCUUUGACCAUCUGCCUCCAUUUCCCGUGUCUUCCAUUUUUCCUCAAUUCCUUCAGCCUUCUUCCUGCGAGUCUGUCGUGGAUGACCUGCGCCAGCGGAUACAACAGUUAGAGCAAGCGGUAUUGCAAGUGCAGCAGUAUAUUCAACUAGCCCAUGAGGAGAUAUCUCGGGAGAAGGAGGAAAUGUCUGCCAUCCAAGGGCAUAUGUCGAUGUUGUCAAAGACCCUUGCUGCCCUAAAGCGGCAGAUGCAGACUAUGGGGCUGUGGCAAUGAUGUCAAGACUAUCAGUGCCAUUAUCAUAAUGAUGGCAAUGACAAUGAUGGUAGAUUUUAAGAAUAGCUAAACACAUUUUUGUAUUGGUAUUCUUUCUCCUCCCUUUGAAUUAGUUUAAUUUUGAUUUUUUUCCUUUCAACUUUUAAUAAUUGAUUACUUACUGUUGCUCUGAGACCCUACACUUUAGGGAAAUCUAUAACAAGCUUUGGGGCAAGCUAUAAGCUUUCAUACAAAGGAGAACACCUCCACCUUCAGUAAAAAUGUAGAUAACAGUUCCGGUCUGCAUCGCUGAAUCCAUUGGGUUACCAGAGUUGUGAUGAAAAAGAAAGUAUCGGCCUCUAGGCUCUCUAUAACACAUAAAUUAUGACCUUUUAGUUUGUCCUUACAUAAAGUGAGUUUUUUGGUACUUUGGUGUGUUUUUUUUUUUUUGUUUUUUUGUAGAAGGAAGUACUUUGGAGUAUUGUCGAGUUGCAGUAGUAUGUAAGCAAAAUUAAUAUAACAUUUAAGUUUAUAUUUAAAUAAUUUUUAGACUUAAUUGUGCUUUUGGCCCUCAA